UUUUAAAACUUUAUUUCAUAUCGAUUCAGUAACUUGCGAAGUGUUUAACUGAAAACUUGCUGCACUCACUACUAAAAACCGUAUUCUUCUUUCAAACUCUCGUAUGUAAAUAGAAAGCAAUUGUUUAGUCGUAUCCUAGUAUGUCUAAGUGAAGGUAGUGUCAUAUUUUAACUAACUAACGGAAACUAUUAGUCUUUUAAAUAAUCGUUGCAAAAAUACGAAUUAUGUCGAACUCUGGAGUUAAUACGGGAUUUGCAAAAUGUUUUAUAUUUUUUAUGGCAGUUGUGAUCUUGUUACAAGGUGCUGUGUAUUUAGGUCUUUCAAUAUGGGGUAUAACACUAAGACAAUGUUCCAAGGAGACUACAGAUAUAAGCAGUAAACCAUUUCAAUUUGCUAUGGAUUUGAUAUAUUUUAUGAAUGAAGAUUGUGGAUCACCUUCAGUUACAGUUUCCGAUCUUCCACAGCCUAUAACUUUGGAUGUGGAUUUCAACAAAGCAGAAAUGGUAGAGAAUCGUACAUUUAUAUUUAUGAUAACGUAUGCUGUUAUUAGUACUCUUUGGGUUGUGACAUCGUUGGCAAUUAUUACUACUUUAUGUGGGCCAGUUACUAAAACUAUUAAUGGACUCUGUUUUUGGCCUUGGUUUCUUGUUAUAAUGGCUGGUUGCAUACUGGAUGUUGUAGCUACUGGUUAUCAUAUUCAUGAUAUAAUUAAUACAACGUCUGUGGAAAAAACAUUUAAGUAUUUGAGCAUUACAGCUAAUGAAAAAGUUAUAGAAGUUUUAUCUAAUUUCGAUGCGUAUUUUAUAACUCCCGCUGUGGUUAUGACUUGUAUUAGCUCUCGAGUUAUUUUGAUUUGGUUAUUAAAUAUCUUUGGAUCGAGUUUUUGUCUGUCGUUAUCUAAUACACUAUCAAAAAGGAAUUCAUCUAAACAAAGUAGUAUUAAUAGUUUGGCCACAACUAGCACUGCUCCCGUAACGAGUAAUCAACAGCUGCGACAAGAAAUUACAUCUGUACGAUCGCCACAACAAGAAAAACCAUUAAGAGUUGAAGAAGUGCCAAAGCCGGCGUUGCCUUCGUUACAAAUUCAUAAUAUACAAAGACAAUCAUCUAUAACGCCACCUGCAAAUCAGAGCUCUAGACCCUAUAGUGUGCAAUCGCCUAAUAUGCCGUUGGCAAAUAUAUAUCCAACGGCUCCUUCCCCCAACGAAUCACAGGCUACCAAUGAUAUGGCAACCACUUACCGUAAUACAGAAUCGCAUCCAGAUAGAUUAAAUUACCCUCUACAGCGUAAUACAUCCCAAUAUCAACAGGAAUUAUCACCUAUAUCACCAUUAAAUAAUCGCUAUUCGACUACCAAUGAUAGCUUUCAAUUUCCCAUGCAAAAUCAAAGAGUAAGUGAGGAGUUACGAGGACAAUUACCUUGGUCAUAUACCAGUAUGCCACCACCUGUGCCAAAAAAACCGCAGAUGCAUGUUUACCCUGAGAUUCCCGCACCAGAUUACGGCCACUAAGAACUCAAUUGAUGGAUGGAGGAAUGUUACACACACAUUCAUAAGGAAUAAUAAAUCGUAAAAUAGUCUUGUAAAUUUAGGGAUACAUUUUUAAUUUGUUGUUGUUGGUUUUUCAAAUUAUAUAUUGUUAUAUUUAGUUAACAUUUAACAAAACUUUAAGUGCUUAAAUGCCGAUUAAAGAAACAUGUAAUAAAAAAGUAUGAAUUUUAACUUACGUCUGAAUUAAACUUAA